AUGAGAGCAAAGAUGUAUCGCAGUGUAGCCAGCUUUAUGGUGUUUGUACGUUAUGUACAUAUAAAAAUACAAAGUAUGAAAGAAGAGUUUCUAUUUUGCAAAUCACUUUUGGGAAUAACAAAAGCAAGGGAUGUUUAUAGUAUAAUAAAAAGUUUUUUUGAAAAACACCGUGUCGAUUGGAUAAAUAAGCUUGGCAGUUUGUGUACAGACGGAGAAAUGCUUGGAAAAACUUCUGGUUUUUCAGCAUUGGUCAAGAAAGAGAUUCCUAACGUCAAAACAACUCAUUGCUUCUUACACCGACAUGCAUUAGCAUCACGAACUUUGCCUACUUUCUUGAAAGGAUUUAUGGCCAGGUGUAUUAAAAUAAUUAACUUCAUAAGAGCCAGAGCUUUAAAUCACCGGCUAUUUAAGAAACUUUGUCAAGAAAUGGGAUCUGACCACGAAGUACUGCUGUAUUAUACAGAAGUUCGCUGGUUAUCAAGAGGGCAGAUUUUAAAGCGCUUAUUUGAGUUACGCGUAGAAGUCUCGAUUUUUCUGAAAGAUCAAAAAAGUGCAUUGUAUCAAAUUCUGGAGAGUGAAAAUUUUUUGCAAGGACUAGCUUACUUAACCGAUAUUUUUAGUUAUUUGAAUGAAACAAACCUAGCUCUUUAG